CCCCACACAAUCCAUAUCCACUCAAGAUGGUGCUCGGUCUGGAUAAGAAGGCACUUUGGGCAGCCUUGCCACUCUUGGGUCUCGCCAUUGGUCAUUUUCUGGACCUAAAGGAGACGGAGCGUAUGACUAUGUUCCGCGACAAAAGUGCACUCUAUGGCCGGCCUGCGGGUAGCGAAGACCAGGCACCCUCGUGGUGAUUUAGUCAUGAAUAACACUAAAUGUUAAAUACGAAAUAAGAGCCCGAGGUGUUUAUUAUCUCACUGUCGUUUAAAAAUAAACUGCUAAAUGGCAAUGUGAAAUUUGGCUGGAAA